UCUCCAUGCAACGCAAAGGCAUCUCGGCCCUCGAGGCCGCGCGCAAGGAGUUGCAUCGCAAGAGCCCCCAAGACCUUACUAUCAAUCACCUGACGGUGGCCACCGACGUUGCCUUGGGCGGCGGGGAUGACGCAGAGGUGCUGGGCUUCGCGGCUUCUCUAUUGCGGCAACUCGCUGCAACCCUCGACCUUCCCGGCGUGCACCAGCUGAUUGAGACUCGAAUUGAACCGGCGCUGCGGCCACGCGGCGCACUCGCAGAGCUCAUCGUCACGAAUCUUGCACACAAGAUCAAGAGUCGAGCGCAGCGAUCGUCUGAGGCCCUCACAGCCGCGGUGAGGCUCACGCCAACCUUCCCCAACCUCCUUGUCCCUCUGUUUACCGCCAUCGUAUCCGAUUCACUAGGUCGCCGUUCCAAUCUGCUGGGGAUAACGAUUCUCGCAAACGCCGUGCCUGACUCUGCCAUUCCGGUGGACCUCCUCCCCCGGCUGAUGGUGGACGUGGAUGAGAAGGACGCCGCGGCCCAGCGAUGCGGGGCUAUUGUUGCGCUUCUUUCUCGUCGCCAGGAGGACGGCUGGCUGGAUUCCCUCCUUCCCUAUCUGGGGAAGAAGGAGAGCGCGGCUACGCUCAGUCGCUAUCUCCUCCCGGCGCUGACAAAGGUGCACCGAAGUGCCUACGAGCCCCUCCUGUCGCUCCUCGAUGAGGCGGCAUCGGACGACCGGUAUUUUGGGCCUUGGGUCUCGGCCGCCAGCUACGGCGUGUCUGCGGGAUUUAUUACACUCGAGGGUCUCCCGCAGCAAAGGCUAAUGGAGGGCAUUUCUCAUUCUGACUUGACCGUGCGGAUCAUGGCGUUCGAGCUGCUCGCCCAUUCCCGCUCCAUUUUCGACUAUGAGGUCAUGAUACUUGUCAAAAAAGCUUUGGAAAUCAACACUAUCGUGCCAACGGCCAACGGGCGGACGGAGAUGCGGUCUGCAAUUCACAGCUUCUUGAACACGACGAAGGCGCAGGAGGAGCAGGCUGUGCGCAACCUGAAGAAGAAGGGAGAGGUGGCGGAGCGUGCUCGUGCCAUUCUGAAUGGAGCCGAAGACUUCCACAAGUGGUGGCUCGACGCGUACCUCGGCCCCUCAAUCAAGGCGUGCCGAGAGAUGCCGCACCUCCGCAGUAUUUUUGCCUUGCUCCUGCUCCGCCUCUACACUGAGAUCUACGGACCGUCAGUAUACGAGCGAGUAUUUACGGCAGAGCGCGUAGCAGACCUCAUCGCAUGCCAGGCGAGUGAAUUCGUGGACGCCCGACUCGGCGCGCGCAAUCUAAUCGCUCUGGCGCCCCUCCCUCUCGCCGGCUAUGAGAGCUUGGAUACGCCCCCGGCGCAGCGCCUUCUCGUUGGCGCGAGGUCAAGCAUCAACCACCCGCGGCUGACACAGGCAGACGCUGGCCGUGCCGCUCUUUGCAUCCUGUUCACCAAACUUGUCGUCCCCCUGGGCCACAAGGCAGCGUUGUCGUUUGUGGCGGAUACUAUGGAGGAAUUGGAGCGACACCUUCAGAAGGCCGAAGAUAACGUCGCCCGAGGUAUCGUUGAAUAUCCAUUGCACGGCCCCCUGAGUGUCCUCGUUGACCUUGUCCGCUGCCUUGACCUCUCUACAUCGGAGGCACAAGCUGCCUGGAGUUCCACCUUUCAUGCACUCAACGCCAUUGUUCAUCGCGUAUGGGGUGUCACUCGAAAAGUACUGUCUCUCGGACCCGAGGACGAAGGCACGAGUCACGAGAUUGCCCGCGCAUUUGACGUCCUGGAAGAGGAAGAUGAGGAGGGUGAUCACACCAACCUUCUCUCUGGGAGCUGGCGCGCCGCUCGCGAAGCAGCCGAACUUCUGUCAGCCAUCAUUACUGUGCCUCUCCACGAGGGCCAGACAGUGUGGAAUGAAGCUGAGGUAGACGCAGCUGGCCGCACGUUUUUGUUGUGGCUUCAUGAGAUCCGCCACAGAGGAACCUUUUCGAGCAUUGCUCCCGCCUUUGGCACCGUCGUCGAGGCCGUGCAACGCAUCCCAUCCCUCUCGCACCUCGUGAGGGUGUGGGUUGACUCCUUGCUGGAUACCGUGGCUGAGGGCAAGUUGAGCACGCUCCGCCGCUCCGCUGCGCUACCUUACACCUUCCUCGCGCUUCUGUCAGACCGGACACAGCGGGAUCGUGCUAUCAACACCCUGCUCUCCAUGGCAUCCCUCUCAUCCUCCACCUCCGACCCGACGAAGGUACAUUCCAUGAACAUCCUCAAAGUUGUGCUGUUGGACGCGAAGCAGGCACAUCUACUUCCCCUCUAUCUCGAAAGGACGCUGAUAACGUCUCUCCAGGCAUUCGGAAGCGCAAACUGGGCUGUGCGCAACGUCGCCCUAAUUCUGUUCUCGACCCUUACGAAUCGCGCCCUCUCAACGUCGCGCCCGCAAGACGACAGCGGGCGAGCAGCCUUGGACGCGAGACAAACUUUGGCGAGCUGGCAUCAGAAGUAUCCGAACCUGCUUCCCUACAUCAUCCAGACCCUCCGCAACGUCCGUGGACGCGGCCCUCUCUCACUGGGAGAGCACUCGCCCCUCUUCCCGCUCCUAAUUAUCAUUCGCUCCCUCCGCUGGAGCGUGGAUGGUGAAGCUCUCGCGGCCUCCCUAUACCCCGCCGUUGAACCAUUUUUGAGCUCGCGCGAGUGGAUGGUACGCGCCGCGGCCGCUCAGGCUCUCUCCUCCCUCUUGUCGCCGGAGGCAGGCCUGGAUAAGGCCAAGGUGACAGCCACGCGCAUCUCUCACGCGAGCGACGAGCCCAACCUUCUGCACGGGCGGUUGCUGUUCCUCCGCCGCCUGCUCGAGGAUGUGGUGGACCGUGCAGAUGGUGUCGCGCCGCGUCUGCGCGACGCCUUGGGUGAGAGGGCACACCCUAUGAUCUCAGCAGCGAUUCUGGAUUGCGUGGUUGCCUAUGGUCGCGUCUGUCCGACCGGCAAGGGAAGCGACGAGAGCGACGGGCUCCUGCCCGCGGCAGCGGCGGCGGCGCGUGGGUUCCUCACCGCUCGACCCACUGUAGGCUCUGAUCUCCUCCACACUGCUGCCGCGCGUGUGCUCAUACUUGCGGGCGAAACGGUGUCUCUUUUGAAGCCGAGCGUGCCCGAAGAUGCGCAGCUGCUCGCUCUAGAAGCGAUGGAGCACACGCCCGCGACCCUGGCCGCUGUGAUCCACUUGGCAAGGAGAGGGAGCAACGCUGUCCGUACCGCUGCGCUGGAGGCACUGGCCGACUGGCCCGAUUGCGGCGCAGACAUCCUCACCUUGCGUGAAGAGAUGCUCAGGCUCGCGGCCCACGCACGGAGCGUGCCGCUGAAAGAAGCGGCGCUUAGUGCUGUAGGUCGCGCCUUCGCGUCGACGCCCGCCAAUGCCGAGUGGUCGACGCUGGCGGAACUCGUCGCCGAUGCUGCAGAUGAGAGCCAGUCGGAGCCGCGGCGCGAGUCCGCACUGUCGGCGCUUACGUCUCUCGCACCCAUCAUCUUCACUCUUCCAACGCCGGUCCGAGGCCGCCUCUUGCGUUCUCUCCUCGCACUACUGGAGGACGACGACUUGGAGAUCCGAUCUGGUGCCGCGGCUGUUAUGAGUGCUGCGCGUGGGCAGAAGCCUGUUGAUCAGCACAGCGCUGUGGAUGCUUGGUGGGAGUGGGUUGGGGCACAUGUUGGGGAGGAGCGAGAGGAAUGGGAGGGCUGGCUGUGGAGUUUGGUGCUGCCCCCACAGCAAACCAGUGCCGAAGCACGCCUCUUUGUCGAGGAGCCACCCAACCUGUUCCGCAACGCUGUGGCGGUAGCAGAGCGGGCCGCCAAUGUGCUUGCCACUCUUGGCGGUGAUUCCGCCGGCAGGAGACAGGCACUUGCAGUGGUGGACAGGAUAGAGGAUGGUGCAGCUUACGCACCAAUUGACGCAGGAUGGGCUGCUGCGCACAUCCGUAGACGGCGUGCAGCGGCGGUCCGCACAGCGCUCGGUCUAUAAUCAUAUUUUGGGAACCCCGUACUCCCACACUCUGAAUGUAGCCAAAGUAACCUGC